AUGAGGACCUUGCCUCUCGCAUACACGUCUAUCCCUAAACGUCAUGCCACCAGUGCCAAGUGUUGUGCAUACGGGGUACUCAUUCUGAGCGACAUCUUUGGCCUUGACUCGGGCGACGAAAUGGCUGAGAUUAGUUGCUGGUGUCAACGAUAUGCGCUAGAGAUAGAAGGUUGGAUACCCGUGAUUCUACGGGAGAUGAGGGUCGACGGGCUUGAGUCUUUGAUGAUGCUCAUGAUCUAUAAAUACUUCAUGGGAGAUUUAGAAUCCGCAUCAUUCCUCGUUUCAGUGACUUCGCGCUUCUUGAUUCAACUUGGAGCCCAUCUAUACCCUUCUUCUUCAGGUGACUACGAUAAGCACAGGAAUUCUCACCAUAUACGUGACCUGUUUUGGGUCUGCUACUGCAUUGACAAAGACCUAUCUCACAGGACUGGCCAACCAUCUACCAUCAAUGAUGAUCACUGCGAUCUCACGCUACCUCCCAACUACGUCCAAAUGCAGAGCUCCAAUAUCCUGAGUUCCAGCCCAUGUCCAAGUCGCAGCUCCUAUACGGUGCCACUCUAUCCAUGGGACAUUCGACUCUCUGUCAUCAAGUCAAAGAUCUACAAUGACCUCCACUCAUUGCGCGCCUCCAGACUAUCGGAAACCGAAAUAUUGAGGAGGAUUCGGCAUCUAGACGAAGAGCUGGAAGCUUGGAGGGUGACUUUACCAUCUGAUCAUCGGCCGACCUUGUCGUUCCUGGAGCAGACACCUGUUGAUGCUCAUACUAAUACGCAGGCCAUCAUGCUCCGGUUGUCAUAUCACCACUGCGUUAUUCUCAUUCAUCAAGCCCGAUGCAGAAUCUUCCAGUCAGACCAACCCAUCGAGAGCUUGAUAGACGACGGCCAUAGGAUAAACUUCCAGAUCCUCGUCGACGCCUCAAGAUCUAUCUUGAUCUACCUGGAAAAAGCUUUGCCUGUCCUGGCCCAUGAAUGCUUCUGGGUCAUCAUCUUCUAUCCGAUGACUGCAAUCUCAACCAUCUUCUCCGUCGCGCUUCUAGUUAACCGAUCGGACCCAGGGAACGAAAGAAUUCAGCUGCUGCAAGGCUUUACACGUUUGAUCAGACAAAUUCCCAUCAAAAGACUCACAGUCGCUGAGAUAUCACACCUAGAGUUCAUCGAGGAGGUCGUGGAGGAGAUGAGCAGAUUAGUGUUACUCACUCCUUGA